UCGAUUUCUCAAAUUGAAUCGAUGGAUUUAAUAAUCCGAUCUGGUUUUGGGCAACAAGAUGGUAUUGGGCAAAGAGAUGGUGUUGGAGAACGAGAGUACGAUGAAGAAGGAGAGGAUCGAGAUGAAUUUCACGUCGAUAUGCUUGCUCAGGAAUUUACCGAUGCUGAAGAGUCGAUUCGUCAUGAUACGUACCCAGAAAGUGACGACGAGGAAGAAGGUCGUGGUCGUGGUGCGGGUCGUGGUCGUGGUGCGGGUCCAGAGAGGGUGUUUACGGAUAUCGGACGUGGUGAUGGAACUUUGUGGAAAGACCAAUCCUUCUACAAUGGGGUCGCAUUCAAGGAGAGUGUCUUGGACUAUGCACUACAUACUGGUUACAAUUUGAAGCAAUACAGGUAUGACAAAGAUAAACUCGGGUUUAGAUGUGUUGGGGAUAAGGGCAAUUGUGAGUGGAAAGUGUUUGCUGCACUUCUUCCAAACGCAUCUUUGUGGAAGAUUACGAAAUACAUUGAUAAGCAUUGUUGUACCCCCAAUGGCGAGUGUGAGAUGUUUAAGGUCCCAGUCAUAGCUAGAAUUUUUCUCGAUAAGAUUAGAGAGGAACCGGAUCAUUACAAGCCUUUGAGGAUUGAACAGAUUAUCAUGGAAAGGUGGAAGAUAUCCGCUACUAGGCCACAAUGUCAAGCUGCUCGGAGAAAGGCUUUGGGAUGGAUAGAGUAUGAGUAUGAACAACAGUUUGCACGACUGCGAGAUUACCAAGCUGAGAUCUUGGAAGCAAAUCCAGGGUCUGUUGUGGAGAUUGAUACAAUUAAGAAUGAUGCUGGUCAAGACGUCUUCAAUCGGUUUUAUGUUUGUUUCGAUGCCCUUAGAAGAACUUGGAAACAGACUUGCCGGCCAAUAAUAGGAGUUGAUGGCGCCUUCUUAAAGGCAAAGAUCAAGGGACAGUUGCUUGCUGCAUUAGGCAGAGAUGCAGACAAUGGCAUCUAUCCAAUAGCCUGGUGUGUUGUUCAAGUUGAGAACAAAGACAAUUGGUUAUGGUUUGUGAAGAGAUUGAAGACUGACCUGGAUCUAAACGAGGGAGAUGGUUACAUUUUAGUGUCUGAUCGACAAAAGGGGUUGAUAAAAGCUGUGGAGUUGGAGUUACCACAAAUAGAGCAUAGAAUGUGUGUUAGACACAUCUAUGGGAACUUGAAGAAGACUCAUCCUUCCAAGAAGCAAAUCAAGCCACUCCUCUGGCAUAUGGCUUGGAGCUAUAAUGCAAAACAGUUCGGUGAGAGACUGGAACAGAUACACGCUUAUGACACUGGUGUGUAUGAUGAUGUUAUGAAGUCGAAACCAAAGAGCUGGUGUCGUGCCUUCUAUAAGUUGGGGGGUUAUUGCGAAGAUGUUGACAACAACUUCACAGAAUCUUUCAACAAGACCAUCGACAAAGCAAGGGAGAAACCGUUUGUGGCAAUGUUGGAGACAGUUAGAAGACUGUCUAUGGUUCGGAUUGCCAAGCGUUCAGCUCUCUCUCAUUCUCACAAAGGUAAUUAACUUUAUUCAAAAUUUAAUGCAAUUUUCUACGAUUGUCUAUGAUUUUAUUCAAAGACUGUCUAUGAUUUCUACAUAUUUAAUGCAAUGUUCUUGGUUUUUGAUGUUUCAGGUUUAUGU